AUACCACGUGGUACGAAGCAGUAGAAGAUUGGAGAAGGUUCUGUGUGUAUGUGUGUCUGUGUUUGUUGAUAACGCCAAUCAUUGCGGGUGCCAUAUUUGAGGAGUAGGGGUUUGUGUGCUCACAUCGCCUCCUGCUACGUUGACGGGGUACCUUUUUGUAGACCUACGGGUCCCCUCCGCAUCGUGUGUGGUAUCGGUAUCAAGUCUGUACCGCCAGCUGGGACGGACUGGGCAGCCAUUACCGUUCGAGAAGUUGUGCUCUCCUGUUUACGCUAUGGGUUAUCUUCAAGAUGCUGUACUGAGGUGAGAUGCGAUGAACGCAAGACUACAGCCCCAUGUGUGUCGAUAACAGUGUGUGUUGUCUAAAAGGUGGCCGUAUUGAUUGUUUUGGUGACCAGUGUGGCUAGUGAUAUCCUGCGAGAUCCCUUACGACAUUGUGCUGUCCUUUGGCUUGACAUACCCGGCCAAGGAUGUAUCCCAACCGUCAUCCGGGUGAUGCCUUAAUUUCGUUUCAUGGUAAUGCAUUGGGAACUGCCCUAGCAUUGCUAGGAUCUAAAGAGGGUCCACCGCCUCAAGCAGGACAACCAUUCAAGUUUACAGUUUCAGAAACGUGCGAUCGUAUCAAAGAAGAAUUUAGUUUCCUACAAGCUCAAUAUCACAGUUUGAAACUGGAAUGCGAGAAGUUAGCAACAGAGAAAACCGAAAUGCAACGGCAUUACGUGAUGUAUUAUGAAAUGUCUUACGGAUUAAACGUGGAGAUGCAUAAACAAUCUGAAAUCGCCAAAAGAUUAAAUGCAAUCAUUGCCCAAAUUUUGCCUUUUUUAUCGCAAGAGCAUCAACAGCAAGUUGCAGCAGCGGUUGAAAGAGCUAAACAAGUCACAAUGACCGAACUUAAUGCUAUUAUUGGGCAGCAGCACACAGGAAUUGCUCAUUUAAUGCAACAAAUGCAUGCCCAACAAAUUGCACCACACGCUCAUGCGCCACCUUUACAUAUGAUGCCCCACGCUGCUGCAAUGGCAGGUCUUCAACCGCCAACACUUCCACCCAGCAGCGCUGCAGGAUUGUUGGCGCUUUCAGGUUCAUUGUCAGCCAGUGGACCCGGUUCUCAUUUAUCAUCAGCAGUCAGCUCGUCAUCUUUAAAAGAUUUGAGAGAUGAGAAAAGAACGAAUUCUGUAUUGAACGACGAAAGACAGAGAAACUCCAUCUCCCCUCAUGACCGAGAGAAACAUCGACUCCGGACACCGGAACCAGAGGAGAAAAAGAGAAGGCGGGAUGACAAGCCAGAUCACAGUGCCGAAGAAGUGAAAAGGAAUCAAGAAGUUAUCGUGGACGUUUCAAAUGAGGAUCCCUUUUCUCCAACUAAUGGUGAACCUUCUCCUAGAGAAAAUGGACUUACAAGAAGGGAACGACCUCCGAGUGGAUCUUCCUCGAGUAGAAGCACACCCACGUCUACAAAGCAUAAGGAUCAUUUGAACGAAGCACCUUCGACACCCAUUUCGAAAUCGGUAACGCCAACAAGCUCUGGAUCCACGACACCAAGUUCCAGUGGCAUCAAGCCUGUUCCUAAAUCUCCACAUCUUGGAGGUCCACUUUAUCCUUAUCCUUUACCACCUGGUGGUCAUCCGAGUUUACCCGCAGAUUUAAGUCCUAGUGGGGCGUUUUCUCAAAGUAUGCUUCACAAUAAUCUGACGCCUGCUUUAAAUUCCUAUUCUCGCAGCCUGGUUGGUUACGAAACUCAUCCCACACUUAGACCACCAGCCUUCGGUACAAUACCCGCUGGGAAACCGGCUUAUUCCUUCCACGUGAGUGCUGACGGUCAGAUGCAACCAGUUCCUUUUCCUCCGGAUGCUCUGAUUGGACCAGGGAUACCACGUCACGCACGACAGAUCAACACGUUAAGUCACGGAGAAGUCGUGUGCGCUGUGACAAUAAGUAAUCCAACUAAAUAUGUUUAUACGGGAGGAAAGGGUUGUGUCAAAGUAUGGGAUAUCAGUCAACCGUCUUGCAAGAGUCCCGUUUCGCAAUUAGAUUGCCUGCAACGAGAAAACUACAUUCGAUCCUGCAAACUACUACCAGAUGGGAGGACAUUAAUAGUCGGCGGUGAAGCAAGCACUAUUUGUAUUUGGGAUUUGGGUGCUCCAACACCACGAAUUAAAGCAGAGCUGACUUCGAAUGCACCAGCGUGUUACGCAUUAGCAAUCAGUCCCGAUUCGAAAGUGUGCUUCAGUUGCUGUAGCGACGGUAACAUUGCAGUUUGGGAUCUGCAUAAUCAGUCUUUAGUCAGACAGUUCCAAGGCCACACGGAUGGUGCAAGUUGUAUCGACAUCUCCAGCGAUGGUACUAAACUGUGGACAGGUGGUCUGGAUAAUACCGUCAGAUCAUGGGAUUUAAGAGAAGGUAGACAGUUGCAGCAGCACGACUUCACCUCGCAAAUAUUCUCAUUGGGUUACUGUCCCACCGGAGAAUGGUUAGCAGUCGGGAUGGAAAGUAGUAACGUGGAGGUUCUACAUUGUACUAAACCCGACAAGUACCAGUUACAUCUUCACGAAAGUUGUGUGUUAUCGUUAAAGUUUGCCUAUUGCGGAAAGUGGUUCGUCAGCACUGGAAAGGAUAACCUUCUAAACGCCUGGAGAACCCCAUAUGGUGCUAGCAUCUUCCAGUCCAAAGAAUCAUCAUCGGUUUUAAGCUGCGACAUCUCAUCCGACGACAAAUACAUCGUCACCGGUUCUGGUGACAAGAAAGCGACCGUUUACGAAGUGAUCUACUGACAACCUCCCAAUUAUAGUUCCUGAAACGUCGUCUACGACAGACGAUGAAUUGGCCGCAAGGCGGUAAAUCAACCCAGUUCCUGCUCGCCCUUGUCAUGUACAGAUUCCGGCGAAAAUGUACAGAUCCUAGAUGUCGUGUUCCCUCAUUUUGCCUGUAAUAGUUUGUCGAUAAUUGUAUUGAAUACAAAAAGAAGAAAAAAAAAGUACAAAAAAAAAUCUGCUGUUUAUUCUUCCUUCCAUAAUCCAAUUAACCCGGUUAAACGUCUCACUGGACGAUGUUUAACUAUUCUGUUUUAAUUUAUCAAUUACCCGGAAAAAAUAACACGUUUCGUCUUUAAUUGUAAUCAAUUACAACAAUUAACUCGAUCUGUUAAACACGAAACUCGAUUUUCGUCCGGUAAUUGAGAUCGAUUUCACUUAACGCUAGUCGAUUUCGUUUUCCCGAUUGUUUGAAAUUGAUCGCAAUUAACGCCUUGAAUGUAAUUAACUAAUUACAAUUUAAAAAAAGCGCCACCAAGAUUAAAAAGCGGGUUUUUCUUAAUCAGACUUAAACGGCGGCAUAUUAUUAACUUUACAUAACGAAUUUUACUGCCUUUUAAAAACGAAUUCUGAAGGUAUCCCAAAAAUAUUUGGAGGGGGUUAAAUGCCGAACAGGCUUGUAAUCUUUUUUUUUACUUUAUCAAAACGUUUAUGGAAAGCACAAACACGUGUUAACCUCGAUACACACUAAUUAAAUACCCAUAUAAAAGCGAGUUAAAUCGGUUAAAACCGGAUAUUGAUUUUAGUUAUACUGAUUACACGUGUAUAAUAUGCAAAGCACGGAUCCCAGAUUAGUAAAUUGUAAAUCGAUUUUUAUACUUUUCGCGAGACGAUUUACUAAAUCGAUGUUUUUUUUUACGUGAUUUAUUUCCCGUCAAAAAGGGAGAGCAUAUAUGUAUUAUAUAGGUAGAGGAGUGCUAGAAAAAUCGAUUCUAUAGACAUCACCUAGUAAAUGGGAGGUGAAAGUACUUAGAGAAAAAAAUUACUUAACAACUCUCUGCUCUCUUUUCUUUUUUUUUAAAAAAAAACAAAGAACAAGAGGUUUAACUAAACUUUUAACCUUUGGAGUCAAAAAUUAUAUAAUUAUAGUUAAUGGAGAAGGGGGCUUUAAAUGUUCGCAACCCCCUCUUCCUGGA